AUGUCUCGCUCCAGACAAAGCAGAUCCAACUUUUUCAGUGAAGCAUUUGAGCUUAUCGCCUUGGACGUCGGCAUCAUGCAAUCUGUCAUUCAGUGCCUCGCUUCGGAAGGGGGGCUGAAGCGCAUACUCUUCCUGGUAAAGGAGGAGAUCAACAGCACAGCCGCUCAAAGCCAGGGUGCUGUUGUGAUGCGGUCCAUUUUGCCAUUCCUCCAGACUAUCAGUUAUCAGAAGGUUCUCAGCUCCGCCUUACUAGAACAAGCAGUCGGCACAAUCUAUAACGCUAUUUUCGGGCCCGGUGGUCAAUAUGCACUGGCACGCUUUCGUUUCGCGGCAAAGAACUUGGAUCCACUCUCUGCCGACGAACUCGAACCCGUUCUGGGUGUCUUCGCUAAGACGCUGGACAUGAAUGGCACCGCGCUUCUCAUGGACGAUUUCAAACAGAUUGCUGAUAUAUUUGCCGCUGCCCUGAAAGAAAAAUCCGGAUUGCCGGAUACUGACGGCCCUACCGCGGUGGGUGCGCUCAAGUGGCUUAAUCGUGCAAAGGGCCGCUUGGGAAUGGACGUACCUAUGGCAGUAGAACAGAUGCACCGCAAGAAAAGUACAGUCCUAGUACAUUUCGAGUUCGCAAUCGAUCUUCCUGGACAUCUCUCGGAACAUGGUCCAAGACACGACAACGAUUUCGCGGAUAUUCGCGACAUUCGAAUCUUGCCAACAUAUCAAGAGAUUAUCUGCACACGCGCUCCUUUUCUCCCAUUACUGGACUCUUCGACUCAUCAUCUGCCUGGCAUAGAAGGCUUGAUUGAUCGGCACUUUCGACUCUAUCGUGAAGAUGUCGUCGGCCCCAUCAGAGAGACGUUGAAAGCCGAGUUGUACAAACAAUCGCGGCCAUCGGAGAAGUUGAGAUAUGUGGAACACGGUGUGAGAGUAAAUUGCUACAAAAGCCUAUCAUUCGUGCGCCUUCGAUGCGAUCCCUUCCACGGCCUCACCGUGACGGUGACCGUUACCCAACCGAAAGAAGUUCAGAGGAUGUCUGACAGCAGUAGAGCAGAGUGGUGGACAUCGAAGAAGCGCCUGCAAAAAGACUCCUUGGUCUGUAUCUUGGACCCUACGACUCAGCAAGCAAUCUUUGGCUGCGUUGUGGAAAUCAAAAUUCGCAAGCGCCGCCACUUCAGAGAUGAAGAUGAUUCCCAGGACUAUAAAAGCAAUGAAUCGGAAAGUGAGGAAGAAGAGGAAGACCAUGAGGCGUUCUUCCAGGAUCUUGCCGGAAAUCCCCAGUUCGCGCGGCUUACCGUCCGACCGCUGGAAGACGGCCAUGCAAUAACUCUUGCGGACUACUCUACAGGUUCCAGAGUUUCUCAUAAUCUCUUGUUCGUGGAAUUUCCGAAAGCCCUUCAGUCUAUGAUUUCACAACUUGAGAUUCCCUUCGCGAGAUUACUUGCACCAUCAAACGACUCCGAGAACGUACAGCGUAACUUCAAGUUCAACCUUAGCUGUCUAUUGCAAAAUGGGCAGGUCUUGUCGUUUUCCCCUAGGGAAGAGUUUGAGUUGGAGACGCUUACUGAUGCGUGCACACUCGACGCAAAACAGGCGGAGGCUCUGAUCAAUGCACUAUCACAUGAACUAGCCAUAUGCCAAGGACCUCCAGGAACGGGCAAAAGCUUCACAGCGCUGGCUUUGAUAAGAGCUUUAGUAGCCAACAAGAUCUCUGGUGAUCUAGGGCCGAUACUGGAUAUGGAACACUUUCUGGACAGCGGAAUCAGGAAGAUCAUUCGCAUAGGAAGCCGUUCCAAAAUCGUUGCACGAGAGAUGAAUGAGACCCGUCCAGAGGUUGAAGAAAAACGCAAGUGUUUCCGGAGGAUGGCCAAUGAGGCUAAUGAUGUCAACCAUGAAAUUCGCGGGCUAGGAGUAGGGAGCGAAUCUCAGCGAAUUAAGGAAUACCUCUUCCAAGAGUACCCGGAAUACUAUCAACAGUUUUGGGGAGCAAGCGAGGAUGGAUUUCAGAUUCGGUCCUCCCGUUCCAGAUCAAUACUUGAAACCUGUCUGAAUGGGAAGUUGGGUGGGAUCACGAACGAGCCUCGUCUCAUACGCAGUGCAGAGGAGCUAUUAGAUGAUGAAUGUGGCAUCCGAGAUAUGUACCCCGAGGAAAGAAGAGCGCUAUAUGAGUUCUGGAAGGAAGGCUCGCAAGCAUCGCAGCACCGGGACUUCAUUUCUGCGUUGGAAUCAUAUCAAAACUCAAGGGAAAUGUAUGAUGCUGCCAAUCAAGAGGUGGAUCUUAGGUGUCUGUAUGAGGCCGAUAUCAUCGGCGUCACGACAUCGGGGCUUGCGCGACACUUCGAUCUUCUAAAACGCCUGCCUAUCAAAAUCUUGCUUGUGGAAGAAGCCAAAAUGGGAAAAAAUACUCCCUCGAUAUGUCUCUCUUUGAGCGGCUCGUCAGCCCCCCGGAAUGGCUUCCAGCCCGGAAACUAUCCUUCAGCACCUUGGAGAUCCAGCCGGAUGCACCCUUCAAUUUCCACCCUGAUUAGAGAGACAUUAUACCCACGGCUUAAGGAUGCACCCAAUGUAUCCCUCUAUCCGGAAGUCGUGGGGAUGAGAAAACGUCUGUUCUGGUUCGAUCACGAGGUUCCCGAGGUUGGCGCGGAAACAGACGAACUUGUGGCCUCCUCCAAAUCCAAUGAUUUCGAAGUGGAGAUGACGGCAUGCCUGGUGGCCCAUCUACUUUUCACAGGGGGGUAUGAAGUUGUCCUGGACGAUCGAGAUGCAGAGGCUCUGGAGAAGGCAGAUUUAGGAUCCGAUACCGCGAAGCUGCCAGCCAUGAAGACUAGCCUUCUAAAAAGUCUGAAGGCUGCCACAAUUGACAACUUUCAAGGUAAUGAAGGGAAGGUCGUCAUUGUAUCCCUCGUACGAUCAAACCGGCAAAAUAUGUGUGGGUUUCUGAAGACUCCAAACCGGAUCAACACGAGUGCUGCGGUGCCCAUGUGGUCGCAGGUUAUUGACAUGUUGAAAAUGCAGGGCAACAUUGGGCCAGCGCUUCCAUUGUGUUGCUCGAGGCAUCCAGAGACGACUAUUGAGGUCAAAGAGCCAGAUGACUUUGUAAUACAUGCUCCAGAAGGCGGUUGCAGCCUCCGCUGUGGCAAGCGUUUGGAGCCGUGUGGUCAUGCUUGUGAGCAGAAAUGCCACUCAGAUCUACGCCACAAGAAUGUAAUCUGCCUUGAGCCCUGCAAUAGGCCUAAAAAGGGAUGCGAGCAUGUAUGCCCCAAACCCUGCGGCGAAAAGUGCGAUCCACUGUGUAAAGAAUUCCUUAGGAACGUCAAUGUCCGGCUCAAUUGCGAUACAGUGAACGACUUGCUCUGUCAUCAAUAUCAGAACCAAGGAAAGAUCAAGUGUACAGUUCUCACGGAGAAGACCAUCGACAAUUGCAAGCAUACCGUCAAGGUGCAAUGCCACGUCGAUGUCAAUGCGAAGACCUACAUAUGUACUGCCGAGUGUGGCACACGCCUUAAGUGCGGUCACAUCUGCACGAGGCCCUGCAACUCCUGCAACGGCUUGACACACAAAAUAUGCCUCAAGAUCUGCGGUCGACCUUACUCAAACUGCGAUCAUACUUGCGCUGGCAGGUGUCAUCCAGGCACACCGUGCGGGCUAUGCAAAAUGCCAUGCCAGGUUGCUUGUAGUCAUAGCAGAUGUGAUAAAGUAUGCUCAGAACCAUGUAACUACCCCGUGCGCAAAAGCAGAAUGUGCCUCUGGUUUUCGAUGCCGUGUGGUGCCCCAUGCGACUUCAUUCCGUGUUCAAAGCGCUGCGAUAAAAUACUGUCGUGUGGACACCAAUGCCCUUCUGUAUGCGGCGAAACCUGCCCAGCACCGAAGUACUGCCAACAGUGUGGGAAUAGCACCAUCAAGGAUAUGGUUGUGGACUACCUGGAGAUGAAAACGUACAAAGAAGUAGACCUUGACGACGAUCCCGUCAUAUUCCCCAACUGCGGCCACGGGAUAACCAUGCUGAACAUGGACGGGAGCUUGGAAAUAUCGAAGGUCUACGAAAUAGACCCCGACGGCAAAAUCAAGGGUAUACAGUGCACCGAACCCUUCCAAGGCGAAUUGAAGCAGCUUCCUGGCUGCCCCGUUUGCCGGGGCACUCUUCGCGGGAUAAAUCGAUACGGUCGCUUGGUACGCCGUGUUCUGCUGGACGAAAGCACGAAGCGUUUCAUUACUUGGGCUGGCUCUCAGUUCAGCCCUGUCUCGGAAAAGCUAUUCGAAGCUCAGGACAAACUCUCAAAGGCACCACAUAUUCCAAGCGAUGCAGUGCUCCCUCCCCGACUAGAUAUUAGCGGGAGCCGCGGAAACCAGUUUCAGACUCUCGUGAACCUUACGGAAGGGUGGACCCGCUAUGACGAUAUGAAGAAUGCCCGAAAUGCCAUUGCAUCGUAUUAUGCUAAAGUCAACAAAGAUGCAACCCCGUUCGCGAAGAUCUGGCAGCUCGUGGAGAUUGCUAGGCGUAGAGCUGGAAGUCCGACGGCCGUCCAGUUACAAAGUCCAGUAUCCCAGGUCACUUUCCACAUCAUAGUUUUAGCGUUACUAAUUCGAUGCGAUGUUGCUCUGCUCGCUGACAUGGUCAAUGAGCUUAGCAAAGUGAAACAAGGUCCUCUCCGGACGAAGAUAACGCUGGAUCUGUCUCAAAGCCGGGUUGACUGCGAGGUUCUCAUCACGGAAGCCAUUCAGGCCAAGGACUACGAACGCGCUGUGGAAGGCAAUAUCUUGUUUGCGCGAUACUGUGCGAUUGAGGUGCCGUUCAGGUCGACGCCGGCAGAUGCGCAGAGCCUGAAGGACAUGGGGAAAAUGCACGUCGACUCAGCCUUCACUUGGUGCAAGCAACACGGCGGAAAGCUUCAAAGUUUGGUCUCGGAAAUCGAAGAUGUCAAGCGUAUUUUGAAUGGCGGCACCUUCAUGCAAACCGUCACGUCCGAGGAACGGCGCGCUGUUCUGGCAGCUAUGACGAGAGAGCUUGGAAGGGGGACGGCGCAUUGGUAUACGUGCGCCAAUGGACAUCCUUUUGCGGUUGGGGGGUGUGGUAUGCCAAUGGAGCAGACGCGUUGUCCGCAAUGCGGCGCGAAUGUUGGUGGCCGAGAUCAUAGGCCGGCUGCUGGAGUUUCCCGCGCCGACGACUUGGAGAGUGAGUUGGCCCAGCUGAGGUUGGAUCGUUGAGUUAGGGUGGGCUACGCCAUUGGGUGGGUUUGUGAACUAGUUGGGGGUGCAACGUGUGUGGACGAUGUGAAGGGUACAAUCUGUCGUCUACACAAUCUACUGUAUCUUGAUAAACGCAGCGAG